CCCAGUUUACUUCAUAUGAGUAAUACUUUAAAAUAAUUGCGAUAGUUUACGUCAAGAAAUUAGUACGAUUGAAUUUGGUGUGUGCUUAUGUACACCAGACCACCAUUGAUUAGGUCCAAUGCUACUUCAGUUCGGUAAACGGGUUUGAUCAAGAUAAACCGUGUCGUUCCGACAGCCAUCAAACACAGAGCUUCCUACACAAUGGCUCAACAAACAGAGGCAGAAUUUUGUAUGAACAGUGCAAUAUCUCCAGCCUGGAAACGUCCAGAUGAAGUGAUGAAACUUCACCGAUUAAAACAGAAGAAGAGAGCAUUACAGGCUCGAAUGAACAAGACUGAUUUACCACAGGUGGACGGGGAAAGGUAUUUUAAUAUUGGAAGUGAAGCAAUACCUCAGAAAAGGAAAAACCCUUUCAGCUGCCAGCAAGGCAAAAGAGUGAGAAAUGAAGACAUGCAAGCUAUCAGAUCCAGCAACCUAGACUUGUCUUCUGAUAAUACACUGUUUCAAUUGCUCAGUCCAAGCACCAAGUCACAGUCGAACAUUGAACAUUUACAGACUUCAUUUGCAAGUGUUCUAAGUCAACUUUCCAGAAACUAUAAUGAGGUUAGUAACACUGUGAAUGAGAAGAGUCCAAAGGGUGAAACAUACAUCCCAAUAGACUGGUCGCUGAAAACAAAGGUGCGUUUUAUGUCCCCAAAACCAUUUGCUUGGAGCCAGAAGCUGCGUACAUGUGAAGAAGCUUCAGGAAUUACAGGUUUUGUGCGUUGUUUGGAUACAGGGCUGGAUGCAAGCAAGGACCCUUAUACAUCUCGCUCUCUUGACACAAGUCCUAAUGCUCGUUUCCACCAAUGCUGUCUUGUGUGGCAACAUCCUGCGCUACCUUGGUUAGAACUGUUUCCUCGUUCAGCAACCCGUUUGAGUUCUACAACCAGCAGUAUGAUAUCCUCUUCGCAGAACCUUAGAGAUGCUUUGCAUCGAGAGUGGGGAGAGAGCUUCCGUUCUCUGUUUCAAUUGACACGUGCUCAGCAGUGCCCAUAUUUCUAUGUGUGUGCCAACAGUUUCACAUGUCUCUUCCGAGCUGCAGGUAUUCUUGGUUUCACAGAUAUCCAUGCUCUUCUCACUCCAACAACAAGAGGAUUUCGGCAUAUGCUAAAGGAAGAAGAUGUGGUGUACAUGAUGCCACUCAGAAAGUCUACGCAGUCGUCCUUAAUGCGUCUGUCAUCUGAGAGCGCGAGUGAUACUGGUUAUGAAACACUGGACUCUGUGAUUGAUGAUCAGUCACAGAUGCACAGUUCAACAAGCAUGUCACAGCAUGCAGAUGGACUAAUGGAGGGAGAUGAUGAUGAUGAUGAUGAUGAUGAUGAGUCACCGGAUGAGUGGCUGGAAAGCAGGGGUGUAGCAGCAGAAGAAAUUCGUAGAAUUAAAUCUAAACAGGUAAAGCUUGAGCAAGACAAAGAAAAGGAAGUAGAUCGAACUCCAGAAUCCCUAAUUUAUGUUGAAGGUGUUGAGGCACAAGCACUGUUUAAUUUCUUGAUGAAUUGCAAGUCUUCCACUGCAACUACUGGGCCACUGGCAGGGGUUCCACCCACAUUGCUUGCCCCUGUUGCUUUCCAUGGGGCCACCCUAAAAUCACUGAAGGUUCGGCAGAGUGUUGUCAAAGUUGACAUGGAGAACUUUCAUUCAAUGGAACUACGUGGUCCAAUCUUACCUCACGCUCUUCAAAACCUGUGUAGCUUGCUGGAGGAGUCAUUAGAUGAGUUUUCCGCAACCUUUGCUAAUUUGGAGUCUACUCGGCCAUUUUCACUUGUAACUAAUGUGACUGUGGAUAAUCCAGAAACAAAUGAAUCAGUUGAUUGUAUGAAGUCUCCUGAGAAGUCCAGCAGUUACAGCACUUCAGUGCAGACACCCAGCAAAGCAUUUGUGCCUGCUGUUUUUGGGAAGGAGAACCUCAGUGACUGUGGACUCCAGCCUUCAGUACUGGAGAGGUUUUGUUGUUCAGACACAAGUAGAAUUUGUACAUUGGAUAGCCUCAGAUUAAAUUUAGAUUCAACAUAUUCGUGGUCAUAAAGCUUGGGAUUGGACCAUAUUUUAGUCCAGUGUCUGUCUGACUGUGUUCACUAGAAGACCUUUCAUUCUGCAGAGAUGAAACUGAUAGUGGACAAAGCAUAAAUGUGUCUUACUUGAUGAAUUCCCAAGACAUUGCAAAUGAAGUUCAUCGAAGCAGUAAAUACUGUGAAAUAUUUUAAAUUGGAAUCCUCAGAUUUAAGGGGCACACAGUAGUGUCACAUAUUGGGCGUAUAUCGCG